AUGGGAGGUUGGAUGAGCAAGGAGAUUGUCGAAACACCGAAGCAGCAACAGAUGGGACCGUACACUUUCGACCAACUCGUCAAAGACCUUCACACGGAACUCCGCGGCGAUCGAGACGAACACGGCAAUGUCAAAAAUGAGGAGAAAAUGCUGAAGAUUGGCCGAAGGCUCCUCGAGCGCUACAUGUCGCAGGAGGGCGGCUGGCGGAAAUACGCCUUUGGAGACCCAAAAAAGAUCAAAUACUACCGCAAUAUGGUGGCGCAGGGCAAGGGGUGGUACCUCCUCGUCCUCGUCUGGCCGGAAGGACUCCAAUCUGCGAUUCACGGCCACUCGAACGCAAACUGUUUCGUGAAGAUGCUUGACGGAGAGCUGCUCGAGCGACGAUACGACACCCCCGAAAGCCUUGUGUUCGAAGGCAAGCCUGAAGCCAAUGGGGACAGCGCAAAAGUGAUGCGGCUUAUUGGCGAGAACCGCUACACCAAAAACAACGUCUCCUACAUGAGCGAUGAUCAAGGCCUGCAUUCGAUGAACAACGAUUCCAAUUCCAACGAGGCCAUCUCGCUCCACCUGUACUUCCCGGCAUUCACGCAGUGCCUUUGUUUUGACGAAGAGACCUCCUUCGUCCAUGAGGGCACCAUGGUCUGGCACACCGUCGGCGGUGUCAAAACGGAGCAUUUCGGGAAC